AAAACCGACUACAAUUCGCUGCAAAUUGCAAAAAUCAGGCUUGUCGUUUACUGACAGAUAGCGUUAAUUUUGAUCAAAUUGCAGCACCAAUUAAUUUAGGGCACUACCCGAUUGCAUCUGAUGGCGUACGGUGGACCAAACUACAAUAGACAAGGCUAUUCGGACUUCACUAGCAACGGCCAGCAGUUCAACACGUUUACAUUUCACAACAGCCAGGGUCAGCUGCAGCCAGCCCAGCCAGCAUUGCUGGGCAGGCCUCCGUGGAUUCAGGAAUGGGAGUAUUAUGACCAAAAUGCCCUGGCUGCCCAAGGUGGCACCUGGACACAGCAGUCGAACAAUUAUCCACAACGCCAGUCUAGAAUCCAAAGAGGCAAUACUCAUAGGCAGUUUCAACGUGCUUUCAACCAACCCCAGUUCAGUGGACAUCGGGACAGGCAGCCAAACCAGACAGGCCAAAAUGACCAGUGGCCAUCACCAGAACAAUAUCAAAAUGGCCCAGCGCCUGCAAACAAUCCAUCCGAAGAGAGAAAUGUUCCAGAAAGAACCAGCGAUAAUUUAGAGGAUGGUUCGAGAAGCAAAAGAGGCAGAAAUCAGUCCAGAGGUAGAGGACGAGUAAAACCUGGAAUGCGGUGGAGUCGAGACGGAGAAAGAGAGCCAAGAUAUGAAGAUAGAAAGUCUGACUUUGGAGGCAGCUCAAGGACUGAUCAAUUCAAGUCAACUUCAAAAGAGCCUGCGGAUAAUAUGGCUGGUGUUUGUCCCCAGGAAAAGGAAAUUAAACCUCUGAAAAUUACUUCAAAGACUAAUGAUCCUCAGUUCAAGUCACAAAGGGAGUUCCUAAUGUACCAUAUGAGAGCUGAGAAACUGGAGUGCAUGGUUUGUUACGACACAAUCAAGCACAAGAAUCCCAUAUGGAGUUGCUCAAACUGCUACAACAUUUUCCACAUUUGGUGUGUUCAGAAGUGGUCCAGAACCGUCGAAGAUUCUGAUGGUUGGCGCUGCCCUGGAUGCAAUCAAGGAUUUCGAGAACCACCAGAAAAAUCCUGCUUCUGCGGAAAAACGCGUCAGCAAGCAAAAGACAUGAAUUUAAAGAGCUACAGCAGCAAGCACUGUUGUGACGAGAUUUGCUACAGAAAUAAACCCAAGGUUGGCAUUCAUGAUUGCAACCACCCUUGUGGUGAGCUUUGCCACCCUGGACCCUGUCCUCCAUGUGAGGGAAUGGCUUUGAGAAAAUGCCCGUGUGGCAAGAAAACGGCCUCGGUGAAAUGCACCUCAGACUCUCAAUUUCUCUGUGAUAGUACUUGUGACAAAUUGCUCUCCUGCGGCAGACACAAUUGCCAACUGGAGUGCCAUGUUGGUUCUUGUGGAGAGUGUCUUGAAGCUAUUGAUCUAGAGUGCAUGUGUGGUCGAACGAAGGAAGAAGUCCUUUGCAAGGAUGCGCCGAAAGGCGAUAUUAAAAACUAUUCUUGCAAGCAGGCUUGUGGCAAAGAUUUGGAGUGCGGCAAUCACAAGUGCAAAGAGGAGUGCCACUCUGGUGAUUGUCCACCAUGCCCUUUGUUGCCUGAGAUAAAUACAACUUGUCAAUGUGGCAAAGUGUCACAGAAAGCAUUGCUUUUGACUCCCAGGGAGUCUUGCCUUGAUCCAGUGCCUCAGUGUCCCAAUAGAUGCAACUUGCCUUCACCAUGUGGCCACAAUUGCCCUGAGAAAUGCCAUGCUGGUCAAUGUCCUGUCUGCAAACUGCAGUCGCAGACACACUGCGCUUGUGGAUCGUCCAAGAAAAUGGUUCUUUGUUCUGUUUUGGCCUUUGAACCAGUGAGAUGCAACAAGAAGUGCCCCAAGUGGCUUUCAUGCCUUCGUCACAAAUGCCACGACAUUUGUUGCUGUCGGGAAUCACACGAGUGCCUUCAAAUAUGCAACAAGUCCCUUAAUUGCGGCAGGCACAGGUGUGACCAGCUGUGUCACAGUGAUAGAUGUCCUCCUUGUCUUUUGGCCAGUUUUGAUGAGCUGCGGUGCGAGUGUGGCACCGAAAUUUUGUACCCUCCAAUUCCUUGCGGCACGAAGCCACCAAUGUGCAACAGGCCCUGCAAGAGAAGUCAUCCUUGUGGCCACAACAGCCACAACUGCCACAGUGAACCAGAAUGUCCUCCGUGCACAGUUCCUGUCAAAAAGUGGUGCAUGGGAAAGCACAAGGAGGUGUAUCCAGUCUUGUGCAACCAAGAGUUUGUGUCUUGCCACCUUCUGUGCAGCAAACCUUUGGAAUGUGGGCAGCACAAUUGCAUCAAGAAGUGUCAUGCUGGUCCUUGUCUGAACGAAAAGUGCACCCAAGCCUGCACAAAGCAAAGACCCGAAUGUGGUCACUCCUGCAAUUCUCCAUGUCAUGGACCUGCUUCCUGUCCCGACUCCAAAUGCAUGUUUGAGCUGAAAGUCACUUGUGAAUGUAAAACCCGGAGUGAAAUGCGUCCCUGCCAUCAGCAGCUGGAGGCCUACAAGAAGAAAGUCCAGAUGGACGCCCUGGUCGAAAACAUGUCUGAUUUGAUGAAAGGCCAGAAAGUCUCUUUGCCAGGAGCCGUUUCCAACGUACCCUUGGCGCAUUGGACUUCUGUUGUUGGGCUUGAAUGCGACCACGAAUGCAACAUCAAAAGGCGGAACGAACGUGCCUUCGUCGGUCUGCAAAUCGUUAAUCCAGACCUUGGUCAAAAGCUCAAGCUAGAGUAUCCAAUUUCCUUGCUCAAUUGGGUGGCUCAAGACAAGGAGUUUGUCAAAGAGGUGCACAACAUCCUUGCCGAUUUGGUCUAUCAAACUCAGCAAGGACCUCAAAGAUUCAGACUGCACAGUUUUGGCGUCAUGAAUCAAAUGAAGCGCAAAUUCAUUCAUGAAUACGCGCCUUACUUUGGCUUGCAAUCAAAGUCAAUUGACAAAAGGCAUUCCAGAAGUGUGGAUGUAACUGGCGAGAAAAACAAUUGUUGGUUGCCAAGCAUCAGUCUGCACGAAAUGGUCGAAAGGAAACUGACCCACUCAAGCUCAAAAUCGUCGCUAAGCGAGAUGAAAAAAUUACCUGGGCCGCCAACUGCUCCUCAGGCCAGCUCUCCCUCGUCUUCCUCUACUGUUCUCAGCUACACGCAGGCUCUGGCCGCCAAGAAAAACUGAUGAUCAUUUUUUUCCAAUAUUCCUUUACAUUUGGUCAAAUUUAAAUUACAUAUCAGUUUACCUACGUAAAAUAUAAUAA